ACCGAUAUUAUUCCAUUCAGGACUCUCCUUUCCACCUGAUAACCCUUCGCGAAUACCAAUCAAUCACAACAGUGUGUAGCGAUGCCUUGGUCCCGAAACCGCGCCUCCAGCCGCUGCAGCAGCAGUAGCAGCAGCAGCGCCAACAGCGAUAAGUCCGUUGGCAGGGGUCGCACCAGAAGGCCGGAGCCAAGCUGCGUCCUGUGCGGGGGAACCGGUGAUGCGUAUAGGAUGGAGCGGUGCCUUGAAUGUGGGGGCUCCGGGCACAAUGUGGCUUACACUGAGCUUAGCUGCGCGGAGUGUAAUGGAUAUGGGAAGUGCAAGGUCCCGGCUGGACGAUGUCCGUGCCGGCGCUAGUGACUGACUUCCCAGUGCUGGCGGUGGGAUGGCACAUCAGGGGGUUGAAGUAUUUGUUAGGAAUGGCGCUGGUUUGUGCUGGAUACUUAGUAUAGUCUUGCUAUAUGUUUGCUAUUACUGUCCUGUUUUGAUUUGGUGGUUAUCUAUGCUUUGCCGAUGUUGGUAUUUCG